CCGUGGCGGGGCUCUUGUCACACCUCCAAAAAGUUUGGCCCGGGAGGAACUGCUCGUCAGGCCUUGCUGCAAGCUCGGGGAGCAAGGACGGGACCAGCAGCUCUUCUCUUCCUCACUUUGUAGUUUAGCCACUUCCCAGCUACAUGCACACAGAGACUGACUUUUUUUUGCUUCAGAACCUGGCUAACAUCCCAUUGACUCCAGAGACCCAGCGGGACCAGGAGCGACGGAUACGCAGAGAGAUAGCCAACAGCAACGAGCGAAGGCGGAUGCAGAGCAUCAAUGCCGGCUUCCAGUCUCUGAAAACCCUCAUUCCACACACAGAUGGGGAGAAGCUCAGUAAGGCGGCGAUUCUCCAGCAAACAGCUGAAUACAUUUUCUCACUGGAGCAGGAGAAGACUCGAUUACUGCAGCAGAACACACAGCUCAAGAGGUUCAUCCAGGAGUUCAGCGGCUCCUCCCCUAAGCGGCGGCGGGCAGAGGACAAGGAUGAGGGCAUCGGCUCGCCAGACAUCUGGGAGGAUGAGAAGGCAGAGGAUCUGCGCCGAGAAAUGAUUGAGCUCCGGCAGCAGCUAGACAAGGAGCGCUCAGUCCGCAUGAUGUUGGAAGAGCAGGUGCGGACCCUGGAGGCCCACAUGUACCCUGAGAAGUUGAAGGUGAUUGCCCAGCAAGUGCAGCUCCAGCAGCAGCAGGAACAGGUGAGGUUGCUGCACCAGGAGAAGCUGGAACGGGAGCAGCAGAUCCGAACUCAAAAAUCUGUCCACUAGGAACUAGACUGUGGCCCAGCACAUCAUCCACCCAGGACAUCUGCAGGGUGGCUUACAACAUGGCUGACCUGGGUUGUGGUUGCACUAGCAACCUAAAGGCUGCCCCACUCAUGCCUUCAAUUGUUUGGCUCCCUCAGGAAUUUCUUUGCCUCAUGCUAGUGUGAACUGGCAUUCAGCCAUGCACAGAUACAGCCCCCCUCCCCAAUUAGCAGUACACUUUGUACAUUAUCCAUGGCCGUAACCACCCAGUCAAAUAUCUUGUCCAAAGAAAAAUGAAGUAUCAGCUCUCCUGGUGAAAGGCAAAUUCACUGUUGGCCAAACUCUGUCCAUUAACAUGCUUUGGCAUUCAGAAGUUGAGGAAGUGCCAGAAUUAAGGUUGCUGCUGAACUGCAACUUCCUCCGGCCUUGGGUGUUACUGUCCUGUUGAACUGCACAAUUGUAUGCAGUACGGUCUCUGCUGAGACCCUGCCUCAUUGACCUUUGGCUGGGCAGGAUGUAGAGAAUGGGGCACUGGUUGUUGAAAUCCCCUAGCAAUGGAGGAGCUGGAUGCAGGGCAGGGGUCAAAAAUAAAACUUCCCCUAAAGACUCUAAAGAUCAUCCUCAUUGGGUUUUGGUUCCUGCUUGCUGGGCGGUGACACUCCCAGAUCCUUGAAGACUUAGUACUGUAAAGGCAGUGGAAAUGGAGUAGGGCAUGGACAGAGCCUCCUUGGCUGUUUCCUGCCACCCUGUGCCAAGCAUCUGUCCUGCUUUCCAUCCAUUGCCACUGGCUCCUCACCAGCCACAAAGGAGCUCACAACAGCAGGCCACUUUUGUGGGUCUUCACUCUUGUAGUCCCAAGGAUGCUUGUUGGACGUUUCUGUUCCUUGGUGCCUGUCCUUCGUAGCAUGUGAUGCUGGGGUCCUUUGCAUUGUUGGAGUGCUGGUCUUGGCACAGAAGCACAGGUGCUCUGGCUAAAAACCUGGAUCAUCAGCCAUACGGCGCUGCUUUGCUGCCUUGGCAUGCAGACAUCUUUGUUCUAAGGUGCUUGCAUUCACCCCUGCUGUUCCUUCACUGGCUGUAGCUUCUCACCUUACUCCCAGGUAAGGGGGUACUGGUGUACUUUGGACUUACCCAUUGGAUCAGUUUCUCUAGAUAUGCAUUGUUGUGGCUGUGAGCUGAAUGAGGCAGGGAUGCAUAUAGACCCCACCACCACUUCUAUUGAACUCCAUUCAGGUGCAGUACACUGAGUGCACUGGGGGUCUUGUUGCCAUGAUCAUGCAUGUCUCUCUCUUUCUUUAAUGCUACAUGUUCAGCCUUCACAGCCACACUGGAAGUCUUGCUCACUGCUAAUGGGCUGUUAAGAAGCAUGUGAGUUUCCCUUGAACCUAGCUUUCUCUUAGUCUUCCCUUUUACUGCUGCCUGACAGCAGGCACAGCAAACUUUUAUUUCUGUUGCUUCCCUUUUUUCCUCCAUGUAAUGCUUAAACCUAGGUGUAUAAAAUUGGUAACAUUUAUGUAUUAAUAACUUGGAUUCUGGAGUCAGGAGCUUCCUAAGUAAAUUUUGCAGCUGGCAUGUGACUGGGAAAGAUUGCAAACAAACUAGAGGGUUGGAGUAGAAUUCAGAAGGAUCUUGAUAGAUUGGAAACCUGGCUUAGAAACAACAAGAUGAAGUCCCAUGCUAACAAAUGCAAGGGGCUAGACCUGAGGAAGAAUAAUCAAAACACAAAUACAGUACAGGAGACAACUGGGGUCUUGGUGGCUCUCAGACGCAAUAGAAUUCUGGAGUGUGAUGCAGGUGCACAAAAAGUGAAUGCAGUUUUGGGCUGUAUCAACUGGAACAUUAGCUAUAAGAUGGGAGGUAAUAAUGCCGCUCUGCUUAGCACUGGGUAGGCUUCACUUAGAAUAUCGUGUGCAUUCUGGACUCCAUGCUUUUAAAAAAGAUAUGGAGCUGUUAGAGAAAGUCCAAAGGCAGGCAACUAAAAUGAUAAGGGGCUUGCAAGGAAGCCAUAUGAGGAGAGACUGAGGAAAAAUAAGCAUGUACAGCUUGCAAAAGAGAGGACAUAGCAGUCUUCGACUAUAUGAAGGGCUUCCAUAGAGGAGGUGAACAACUUUUCUUCUUCACUGCAGAGAGCAGGACACUAGCAAUGGCUAGAAAUUGCAGCAAAUUAAGUUUAGACUGUAUAUUUGGAAAGAGAGAAGGGUGUUCUGGUUCUCCCAUACCUCUGGGCUCCUGCUGUGGCUGAUGUGUGGAAGACAUUUUCCUUGAUACUGGAUUCGCAAGGGGGAUUUGGUUUAACUUCUCCAGCAUUCCUGUUUGGGGCUUGCUUGAGGUUUCUGCUACAAAUAUAAGCCUAGAGCAGA